AUGACUCGAACAUUCUUCACUGACAAGGCAUGCUUCCAAUCAGAUCUAACCCUCAUCAGAAGGCAGUACAUUAACGGCCCAAAUUACUCCCGUACUCAUGAAGCGUGGGUCGAGAAACAGGGUCGUAAUGCUAAAGCCGGCAUCAAAGAACUCGAGGAAGACGCAGUUUCAAAAGGCCUUAACAAGGGCGAGGGCCAUAAAGUCUUCUAUACAUAG